GAACGUCUCCAGCCCACCACUCCGCCAACGUACUAAUCGACCAGGUCACCGUCAGUACAAUCCUUCAAGAUGGGUCGUCUUCACAGCAACGGAAAGGGCAUAUCAGCCUCUGCCAUCCCCUACUCCCGCAGCCCGCCUGCGUGGCUCAAGACCACUCCCGAGCAGGUCGUCGAGCAGAUCCAGAAGCUCGCGAAGAAGGGCGCCACUCCCUCCCAGAUUGGCGAGAUCCUUCGUGACUCUCACGGUAUCGCCCAGACCAAGGUCGUUACCGGAAACAAGAUCCUCCGUAUCCUCAAGUCCAACGGCCUCGCCCCCGAGAUCCCAGAGGACCUCUACAUGCUCAUCAAGAAGGCUGUUGCUGUCCGCAAGCACCUCUCCACCAACCGCAAGGACCGUGACGGAAAGUUCCGCCUCAUUCUCAUCGAGUCCCGUAUCCACCGUCUCUCCCGCUACUACAAGACCGUCGGUGUCCUGCCCCCUACCUGGAGGUACGAGAGCGCCACUGCCUCUACCCUGGUCGCAUAAGCGCGCUUUGGUCGCGAGUGGGUCGUCAUGGUGAAGGAGAAACAUCUGAAAGGAGUUUUACGGGCAUGGAUGCUUCACGGAUACCUAGCAGGUCACGAUCUGGAAUGAAUCAAAAAGCAUUACAUCUAAAUUCAAUACAUGAAAAAAACUUGCAAACUG